AUGGCUGCUGAGGUUGCGAGCAGUGCUACAGUGCCCGACGCGGCGACUGACCCUGAAAAGGCGGCUGCUGGUCUCGCAUCCGGCAUUGACCAAGUGAAGCUCGAAGAUGCCAACACUCAGACCGCAACACAGACCACAACACAGCCCCCAAUUCAAAGCCAGGAUCACAAUGAGACUGCCAUCGAAGCAAACUCAAUUGCGGCAGAAAAGCAGCCUGACGAUGGGGCUACGCCCGCAGCUCCUGCAAUCAAGAAACCUGACCUACCACGAACCGCCGCCGAAGGGCUGAUCAAGACACCAUUAGGCGAACCUCUAGAGACUUCGAAACCCUCUCCCAGACCAGCGCUCACGACAGAACAAGAAGGCAAAUAUGCCACCCUUCUGAAGAACGUGUCUGCGUGGACUGAGAUCCCAGAGUCCUCUGCUAGGGGAUCGAAGACUACCCCUCUGACCGACUCAGAGCGCAUGUUCCUGACUCGGGAAUGCUUGUUCCGCUACUUGAGGGCUACAAACUGGAACGUGGCGCAGUCAGAAACAAGACUGAGGAAUACUUUGGUCUGGCGACGCGAGUAUGGAUUGGAGAAGCACACAAAGGAGUACAUCUCGAUUGAAAACGCGUCGGGCAAACAGGUGAUCUUGGGGUGGGACAUCCAGGGACGGACUUGUCAAUACCUGCGACCCUCUAAGCAAAACACCGAGCGGAGCGAUCGGCAAAUCCAGCACUUGGUGUUCAUGCUGGAGCGAGCGAUUGAUCUGAUGCCAGCUGGGCAAGAGACUCUUGCUCUGCUUAUCAAUUUUGCAGAGACCAAGUCUGGACAGGGCGCAACACUCUCUCAGGGCAAGCAGACAUUGAAUAUCCUCCAGAAUCACUACCCGGAGAGGCUGGGCCGUGCUCUUGUCACCAACGUGCCAUUUUACAUCUGGGGCUUCUUCAAGCUGAUCACACCGUUCAUUGACCCGUUGACAAAGGAGAAGAUCAAGUUCAACGAAGACAUGGGACUACACGUGCCCCGGGAACAGUUGCUCAAGGAAAGCGGGGGACUUGUCGAGUUCGAAUAUGAUCAUGACGUGUAUUGGCCCGCUCUCAAUGACUUGUGCGAGUGGAAGAGGACAGAAUAUCGGCGCCGGUGGGAGGAGGGAGGCAAGCGAAUUGGCGAGUACGAGGGAUACCUCAAGGGAGCAGGCGAGAAGUCUUUGGCCGAACGGGAGAAGGACACGGAGCAAUCCUCUGCAUGA